AUGCUUACCUGCUUUAAUAAAGUAUUUUCAUUUGUGUUCUCUGUAUAUAUGUGUUAUCUAUUAUGUUUGCUCCUUCAGCUCUACGUGGCCACGGAGGCCAUCCUCAUCGCACUGGUGGGGGCCACGCCGUCCUACCACUGGGACCUGGCAGAGCUCCUGCCCAACCAGAGCCACGGCAACCGGUCGGCGGGUGACGACCACGCCUUGGGGGACUGGCUGCUGACUGCCAAUGGCAGCGAGGUCCGGAAGCACGUGCACUUCAGCAGCACUUUCACCUCCAUCGCCUCGGAGUGGUUUUUAAUUGCCAACAGAUCCUACAAAGUCAGCGCAGCAAGCUCUUUCUUCUUCAGUGGUGUGUUCGUGGGAGUUAUCUCUUUUGGUCAGCUUUCAGAUCGCUUCGGGAGGAAAAAAGUCUAUCUCACAGGUUUUGCUCUUGACAUCUUAUUUGCCAUUGCAAAUGGGUUUUCCCCCUCCUAUGAGUUCUUUGCAAUAACUCGCUUCCUGGUGGGUGUGAUGAACGGAGGAAUGUCGCUGGUGGCCUUUGUCCUGCUGAACGAAUGUGUGGGCACCGCCUACUGGGCGCUCGCAGGAUCGAUCGGUGGCCUCUUCUUCGCGGUUGGCAUCGCCCAGUAUGCCCUGUUGGGAUACUUCAUCCGCUCCUGGAGGACCCUCGCCAUUCUGGUUAACCUGCAGGGAACAGUGGUCUUCCUCCUAUCUUUAUUCAUUCCUGAAUCACCUCGUUGGUUAUACUCCCAGGGUCGGCUGAGUGAGGCUGAAGCGGCUCUGUACCUCAUUGCCAAGAGGAACCACAAGCUCAAGUGUACGUUCUCACUAACAUAUCCGGCCAGCAGAAGCUACAGGGAGACCGGAAGUUUCCUGGAUCUCUUCCGUUACCGGAUCCUCUUGGGGCACACGCUGACCCUGAUGUUCAUCUGGUUCGUGUGCAGCUUGGUGUAUUAUGGCCUCACUCUGAGUGCAGGUGAUCUCGGCGGAAAUAUUUAUGCCAACCUGGCCCUGUCUGGCCUCAUAGAGAUUCCUUCUUACCCUAUCUGCAUCUACUUGAUUAACCAAAAAUGGUGUGGCCGGAAGCGGACCUUAGCAGCAUUUCUGUGCCUAGGAGGACUGGCUUGUCUUAUUGUGAUGUUCCUUCCAGAAAAGAAAGACACGGGUGUGUUUGCAGUGGUGAACAGCCAUUCCUUGUCUCUGCUCGGGAAGCUGACGAUCAGUGCUGCCUUUAACGUGGUCUACAUCUACACGUCUGAGCUGUACCCCACAGUCAUCAGGAAUGUUGGGCUUGGAACCUGUUCUAUGUUCUCCCGAGUUGGUGGGAUUAUCGCUCCCUUCGUCCCCUCACUGAAAUAUGUGCAGUGGUCCUUACCCUUCAUUGUCUUCGGAGCCACCGGCCUGACUUCGGGCCUCCUGAGUUUAUUAUUGCCAGAAACCCUUAACAGCCCAUUGCUAGAGACAUUUUCUGACCUUCAGGUGUAUUCAUAUCGGAGGCUGGGGGAGGAGGCGUUAUCUUUACAGACCUUGGAUCCCCCACAGUCUUCAGACAAGGAGAACACUUUAGGGAGUGAGAGUGAGGAAGAGGAGGAGUUUUUUGAUGCGGAUGAAGAAACACAGAUGAUUAAGUGA